UAUAUAACUGUGAUUUCAUGAAAUUGUGCAGCUUCGGCCUAAUUUUGCGGAUGCAUGGUCAAAUUUAGCUAGUGCUUACAUGCGGAAAGGAAGGCUAAGUGAAGCAGCCCAAUGUUGCCGUCAAGCUCUUGCGCUAAACCCGCAUUUGGUUGAUGCUCAUAGUAACCUGGGAAAUCUGAUGAAAGCUCAAGGACUGGUGCAAGAGGCAUGCAAUUGCUAUUUGGAGGCUCUCAGGUUACAGCCUACAUUUGCUAUCGCAUGGUCCAAUCUUGCUUCUCUGUUUAUGGAGGCAGGCGAGCCUAAUAGGGCUUUGCAGUACUAUAAGGAAGCUGUCAAAUUGAAACCAAACUUCUCAGAUGCCCUUUUGAAUAUGGGAAAUGUUUAUAAGGCCUUGGGGAUGCCUCAAGAGGCUAUUUUAUGUUAUCAACGAGCUUUGCAAUCACGUCCGGACUAUGCUAUGGCUUUUGGUAAGUGUUUUGUCAAGGAUUUAAAAUUAAAUCACGUUUAUUUUUCUUGAUCUGGUUGAUGUGUU